UGUAGUUUGUUUCAGUUUUCAGCUUCAUAUAAAAACAACCAUUUAUUAUUAAAAUAAAAUUUCAAAAAAAUGAAAUAAAAUAUGUAUUGACACAUGAUUCUUCAAUUUAUAGUCUAAUUUACAAUUAGUAAUGGAAAAAACUAUUUUCAAAACCGCACAUUAAUAAACUGGAGUAAUUUUAGAAAACAAUUAUGGAUUAUAAAAUUUCAAACUAUCUCUUAAUUUUCUAUUUCGCACAAUUUCUAAUAACACCUGAAGCAACAAAACCAUUGCAAGUGAUCUACGCUGUUAAUGCUGGUGGGCAAGAACAUAUUGACAAAAACGGAAUACAUUAUCAAUCUGACCCUUUACGUGGCAAAAUUGGAACGGAAUCUGAUUAUGGAAAAUCUUUACUAAUGAUAGCCAGAGCUCCCGAAAAUGAUGAAAUUCUUUAUCAAACAGAGCGUUAUCACACGGCCACUUUUGGAUAUGAUAUUCCUAUAGCUGGUGAUGGUGAAUACGUACUCGUAUUAAAGUUUUGUGAAGUAUAUUUUAAUGCCCCAAAUAUGAAAGUAUUUGACGUUGUAUUAAAUGGAGAUCACACAGUAAUCGCAGAUUUGGACAUUUUUGCUAACGUUGGAAAAGGAGCAGCACAUGACGAGUAUGUUUAUUUUACAAUUUCUAGAGGUCGUCUAUAUUAUAAAGAAGAAGAAUCAGAAAUUCGUGGAGGAAAAAUUCGUAUUGAAUUUAUAAAAGGAAUAAAAGACAAUCCUAAGAUAAACGCUUUUGCUUUAUUGAAAGGAGAUGUGGCUAGAUUACCGAAAUUACCACCCGCUGGUAAUGAAGCAAUUCAAAUGCCCCAAACUUCAAUGGAAACUGAAAUACCCAAUGAAGAUAUUAUUGAGAAGCCUAUUUCUCAAAAAGUCAGAAAAACAAGCGGCCCUAAACAACCAAAUCCGUAUUCUAUGGAUGAUUCGUCAGUUAUGUUGCCUGUUAUUAUUGCUUUAGGAGCAUUUAUACCAUUACUGUUUUGUCUAUGCAAGCUGUGAUUUUCUUUUAAAUAUGUAAUUUUUGACUAUGUAGACUAAAGGAGUUUAUCGAAUUUUUGUUUUUUUUUUUUAGGCAAAUUUAAUAGAUAAAUAAAAAAAAUAUAAUGUUAUUUUACCAUUAA